AUGACCGUGCAAGCCCAAUCGAUUGAGGAUAAUGUAAAGAAUCUAAACUCAAGGAGGGAUCAAGUAAAGAGGGGUGGUGUCCCUUUUUGUAAACAGAGCUGGUUCUCUGUUGCUGCCUCAGUCUUCACAUUCCUACAGGGUUCUCUGUUGCCUCCUAAGUCUUCACAUUCCUACAAGGUUCUCUGUUGCCACCUCGGUCUUCACAUUCCUACAGGGUUCUCUGUUGCUGCCUCAGUCUUCACAUUACCACAGGGUUCUCUGUUGCUGCCUCAGUCUUCACAUUACUACAGGCGCGAAAUUCCCAGACGAAAUAGCGCAAGGCAAAGUAUCGAGUACUCAUUUCUAAUAUGUGUAAUAAGUACUAGAUUUGAUUACAGUGAAGAUCUUUCUACCACCAUUACCACUACUAACAUUACCACUUCUAGAAAUAUUUUCACUUUCACCACUACUACCAUCAACAUUACAACGAAUACUAUCAUUACCAUUACCACUACCACAACUACUAUCAUUACCAUUACCACUACCACCACCACUACCACUACCACUACCACCACUACCACCAUCACUACCACCACUACCAUUACUACCACCACCACUUCUACCACUACCACCACUACCACUACCAUUACUACCACCACCACUACCACUACCACCACUACCAUUGCUACCCCUACCACCACUACUACCACAACCAUUUCUACCAUUGCCACUACCAUUACUACCACUAAAACUUCUACCACUACCACCACUACCACUACUACCACUACCAUUACUACCACUACCAACACUACCAUUACUACCACUACCAUUACUACUAACACUACCAUUACUACCACUACCAUUACUACCACUACCAUUACUACCGCCACUACCACCACUACCAUUAACAACACUACCAUUACCACCACUACCAUUACUACCAUUACCACCACCACUACCAUUACUACCGCUACCACUACUACCACCACUACCAUCACUACCACUACCAUUACUACCACUAAAACUUCUACCACUACCACCACUACCACCACUACCAUUACUACCACUACCAUUACUACUACCACUACCAUUACUACCACUACCAUUACUACCACUACCAUUACUACCGCCACUACCACCACUACCAUUAACAACACUGCCAUUACCACCACUACCAUUACUACCAUUACCACCACCACUACCAUUACUACCACUACCAUUACUACCACCACUACCAUCACUACCACUACCAUUACUACCACUACCACUACUACCAUCAUUACCAUUACUACCACUACCACCACUACCAUUACUACCACUACCACCACAACCACCACUACCAUUACUAUCACUACCACCACCACCACUAAUAUUACUACCACUACCAUCACUACUGCCACUACCACUACUAUUACUACUAGUACUACUACAAAAACUAACUUAUCAUUUGAACAUAGAAAUACUUGCUUACCGUGCCACGCAUCAGCCUUUAAAAAAUGUUCCAAUUUGUAUAACUCAUAUUUUAGCUCAAGAUAUCUUUUGUCAUUGAGAAUCACAGAGGCAUACUCUUUCUCCAAAUUUCUCUCCGCCAAUAGCUCUUCCACUAAGUUCCUUUCUACCAGCUUGAAAUCAGAAGAAUAA